AUCUCAUAUUUAAUCCAAAUUUAUUUGAUCUCGCUUUAUUUCAGUACCAGAAGAUGUAAUGGUGUUUAUGUAGCGACACGGUAUAUAUUUUAUCUUCGAGAUCGAAUCUACAUUUGGGCCAUUGCUCCCGCGAACGUACAAUCACCAGGAAACUGCCAGUCAUUUCUUCGUCGUAUUUCGGCUAGAUCUCGCGGAGCGCUCGAUAGUGCGAGAGAAUUUAAUGUAAUCGAGCAACUGAUCGAAACGAAAUGGGAGCGGUACGAAUAAUUAACGACGACCGUCAUUUUCACGGCGAGCUGGCCAGUGCCGGACAAAAACUCGUCGUUGUGGAUUUCACUGCGAGUUGGUGUGGACCCUGUCAAAGAAUUGCUCCGAUAUUUGAGCAGCUGUCGCUGAAGUAUCCUAAAGCAGUGUUCCUGAAAGUGGACGUGGACAAAUGUGUGGACACUGCCUCGGUACAGGAUGUGCGUGCAAUGCCCACUUUCAUCUUUUAUCGCAGACGCGCAAAGCUGGGCCAGUGCCAGGGCGCAGAUCCAGUUGGACUCGAAUCGAAGAUCCAGCAGUUCUACAGUAGCGGCGAGUCUGAUGAUACGGAGGACACGGCCGGGGAUUCCCUGUCUGGACAUAUGGACUUGUCCAGUUUUAUAAUGAAACAGCAGUGCGAGUGUUUAAACGAGUCGGAUCAUCACACUUUCACUCAGUGUUUGAAUUCGGAUACUGGAUAUCUUCAGAGUGAUGAGGAUGAACAAUUGAUAAUGUCUAUCGCAUUUUCGCAGCCCGUUAAAGUUCAUUCCCUCAAGAUCAAAGGACCCGCAGAGAAUGGGCCAAAAAAUAUCAAAUUAUUUAUCAAUCAGCCUAGAACGAUCGACUUUGAGAUGGCGAAUUCCAAUACAAGUGUCCAAGAUCUAACAUUGUCGGCUAAGGACCUCGAGGAGGGAAAUCCCGUUCCAUUGCGUUACGUCAAGUUUCAGAAUGUGCAGAACUUUCAAAUAUUUGUGAUAGAUAAUCAGAACGGCUCGGAGGCGACAAGAAUUGACCACUUAGUCAUAAUUGGUUCGCCAAUUUCGACCACGAAUAUGGGGGAAUUCAAAAGAGUAUCCGGCAAGAAAGGAGAGAGUCAUUGAACAAUUUGCCUGUAACAAUAAUAUCAGGACAUUAUCAGAAAUUCUUAUUUACAUACUAACAUUCCCCCAUUGUUUCUUUGUAAAAUCGUCAGAUGUAACGAGACUUGAAUAAAAUAAUCUAAUUUGCAUAAUGUGAAUAAUGUAA